AUGGACUUCGUCGUAGGCCUUCCGCCUGAUGAACACGGGCGCACGGGCAUGCUUGUCUUCGUCGAUCGCUUCAACAAAAUGGUCCAUUUCGUCCCGGUCUCCGCGACGGUAACCGCGGAAGAGUCCGUGGUACACUUCAUUGACACUGUCUUCCGACACCACGGGAUGCCUGCGUCUAUCGUGUCGGACCGCGAUCCGCGGUCCACGUCUGCGUUCUGGUCCAAGCUCUUCGGGAUUGUGGGGACGAAGCUGAAGAUGUCCGCUGCAGCCCAUCCGGAGACGGAUGGCCAAACCGAGCGUGUGAAUCGCGUUGUCGAGGAUGUCCUUCGAAGUUACGCGACUUCUUUUCAGAACUGGAGCUCGUUCCUGCCACUCGCGGAGUUUGCGAUCAACAACGCGGAGCACGCGUCGACGGGUUUCACCCCAUCCUUCAUCAACAACGCGAGUCAUCCUCAUGUUCCAGCUCUCCUGGCUGUGGGGCCUCCCCACAUCCUCGUGGCUCAACUCUGGGUGGGGGAGAAAUAG